UUCAUUUCAGGAAAAGGAUCUAUUUGCCCCCGUGCCUCUCCGACGCGCGUGUGCACCUGGUGCCAUUUGGUCACGGCAAAAUCAUCCAGGAGCACAUCCGUGGAUUUCUCUGCGCACUUUGCCUCCAGAUCCACAUUGACUUUUUUGUUUUUUUAAAAACUAAAGCUUGAUGUUUGCGCGCAAGUUUGCUCAAGGAAACAAGUAGAAAUCCUCCAACAUAGAGAAUAAGAUGUUUUAUGUGUAUAGGACGAGUCGUUCCCACGUCUCUGGCCGUGAUUCUUCACGUGACAUGUAAAGAAUGAUCAUUCACCUCAACAGACACGCUGCUUUCUCUCCUCGGUCUCCAGACCAGACCUGAAUCUGACGCCGCUCCAGAGACGUGCCAAGCGCGCACUGCUCCACUUUUGGCGAAGCCUUUUUUUUCCCUUUUCUUUUCUUUCUCUCCAGCAUGUUGUACGGAUGUUAACGGGAAAUAAUCGACAAGUUUAAGGUGGAAAGGAGGAGAUGUUGGCUGCUCGGUUCAGCACGCUGGACAGCGCUCGUGGAAGUUUGGAGAGGACGGCGGCGACGCGCGGACACGCGGGGAUUUAAUUGACAUGAAUUUGGGGAGCUGCUGCUGCCGGAGAGAUGAACGACGGGUGACCAUGGUUGAUUUUAAGUGUUUAUCAUCAACAACAGCAGGCGCAGGUAACCCGAGAGGGCACUUUCCGGAGUGAGACAUGGACUUUGCUGAAAUUAUCUUCGCUUUGUUCAUCGUCGUGGUCGCGGUCGUCUCGCUGUUGUCAAACUUGUUGGUGCUGCUAUGUUUCGUCCACAGCACCGAGAUACGCCGACAGGUGCCCGGUGUUUUCACCAUGAACCUGUCCUUCUGCAACAUACUCAUCACUGUUUUAAACAUGCCGGCCACUUUGGUGGGGAUUAUCAGGAACCAGCAGCCUUUUGGGGAUUGCAUUUGCCACACGGUGAGCUUUCUGGAGACUUUCCUCACCGCAAACACCAUGUUGAGCAUGGCAGCUCUCAGUAUAGACCGCUGGAUAGCGGUGGUCUUCCCCCUCAGCUACUCCACUAAAAUGCGCUACAAGGACGCGCUGAUCAUGGUGUGCUACUCCUGGCUCCACUCCUUCACCUUCUCCCUGACGGCGCUCCUCUUCUCCUGGGUCGACUACAGCGACGUUUACGCGUCCUGCACAUUACAGCCGAGCCAGGGAGGCAGCGACAGGAUUAAGUUUACAGUCUUCACUGUCGUUUUCCACGCCACUAGUUUCAUGCUGUCCCUGCUCAUCCUGUGUUUCACCUACCUGAAGGUGCUGAAAGUCGCCAGGUUUCACUGCAAGAGGAUUGACAUAAUCACCAUGCAGACUCUUUUCCUCCUGGUCGACAUUCACCCAAGUGUGAAACAAAGAUGUUUGGCUGAGCAAAAGAGGAGAAAGCAGAGAGCCACAAAGAAGAUCAGCAUCUUCAUCGGCUCAUUCAUCAUCUGCUUUGCUCCUUAUGUGAUUACAAGGUUGGCCGAGCUUCUACCCUUCGUGGACAUCAACCGCCACUGGGGAAUCAUCAGUAAGUGCCUGACAUACAGCAAGGCUGCGUCUGACCCCUUCGCCUACUCGCUCCUACGUCAACAAUACAAGAAAGUCCUGGUUACUGUCGUCAACAGGCUCCUCCGCCGUGACCUGUACCCCUCGUCUGGCCAUAACAGCUCUUUAGACACGGAGAACGACUACUGUCUCCAGAGGAUCAGCUAAUGGCAAAUGCGCGGACAUGACAGAUAACACACUACCAAGCCAAAAAUAAAGGUUGCCUCUUGGAAGAAGGUGGGCGGAGGAAAAGAAUGAGGAGAGAGACAGAGAGGACAGGAUAUUGUUCGGAAAGGGAAAAGAGAGCAGAUAGAGA